UUCUCACUCAUCGGGCACCUGCCUCCUUCCCGUGUUUUUUAAGCUAACCCAGCUCACAAUGCACGAAACCAUCACUCUGCAGUUCGGGCAACAGGCCAACUACCUUGGCACUCAUUUCUGGAAUACUCAAGAAUCCUACUUCACCUACUCCCCAGACCAACCCGAGUCCCCCAUCGACCAUGACAUCCACUUCCGCCCCGGCCUCGCCCCCGACGGCACCGAGACCUACAUGCCACGCACAGUAAUCUACGACCUCAAAAACGCCUUCGGCACCCUCCGCAAGGUCAACGCCCUCUACGACAUCACCGACGACGCCAGCGCCUCCCAAGCACUAUGGCAACGCCCCCCCACCACCCUCCCCGCCACAACAACCACCCCCCUCGACCCCUCCCCCUACCUCGCCGCCCUCAACGCCAACCUCCCCCCGCCCCGCCCCACCCCCGCCACGAUCCGCUUCUUCUCCGACUACGCCCGCACCUUCUACCACCCGCGCUCCGUCGUGCCCAUCCACGAGCGCGACCUCGGCGGCGGGGCGGGUGGUGCGGCCUUCGACCGGCACGCGGCGGGCGAGGAGCUGUUUGCGGACCUGGACCGCGAGCAUGAUUUGCUGGAUCGGGAUCUCAGGCCGUUUGUGGAGGAGGCGGAUUGCAUGCAGGGCGUGCAGGUGUUUGCGGGGUGGGAUGAUGCGUGGGGGGGGUUUGUGGGGCGGUAUUUGGAGAGGGUGAGGGAUGAGUAUGGGAAGGUGGCGGUUUGGGUUUGGGGGGUGGAGGGCGGUGGUGGUGGUGGGAAGGGGGGGGUGGGGAGGGAAAAGAAGUUGCUGCGCCUAGGGAACAAGGCGAAGGCGAUUACCGAGUGGUAUAAGCAGGCGUCGAUUGUGGUGCCGCUGGCCGUGCCGGAGAGGUUAACAAGCAGGGUGAAGCUGGAUCCGACUUCCCAGUGGCACACCUCGGCGUUGUUGGCGGCUGCGGUGGAGAGUGUCAUGCUGCCGUCGAGGAUGAAAGACCCCUUAAAGAGGGAGUCAUUAGGCCAGAUGGCUGAUGUCCUGAACGUCAUGGGAAAGCAGAGCGUUGCCGGCUUGCAGAUGAGCUUUGCGCGGCCGGGAUCGGAGGGGCAAGAGGACACGAGGCAGAGGAAGCUAUCUGAGGAAGAGCUCUCCGAAGGUGUGCAGCUCGAUAUCCGGUUUGCGCCGUCGUAUCAACUCGACUCGUAUGCCCGAUCCAAUGGCUUCGAUAGGCCCCGCGUGUUCAGCCAGCUGGUCGCUUCACGGGGCUAUGAGGAAGAAGAGAGUGAAAAUGGGGAGAGGGACGAGGCAGGGCGUCGGGUGCGGCGGAGCUCUUAUGAGCCUGUAACAAAAAGCUGCACCACGGACCUCCGGUUUCCACUACUAGAUAGCUUCCCUGAGAUCUUCCGAGAUGACGAUGACGAGCCACUGGCGGAAUCGCUCAACAUCACAAGCAGCUUAUCCACCGACUCAUCCGUCGCCAACAAACUGAAACAGCUGCGGUCAACAGUCAUUCGGUCCAUCGGUCUCGAAGACCGCGAAACACUCGGGAACGAUCUCAUGGAGAUGGCAGACGAGUACCACGAGGGAUGGUCAAGUGGGAGCGACGAAGGGGAAGACGAUUAGCAGCUCUAUGCUUGACAAGGUGGGGGAGGGACGAAGUCCGUCGAUAGUACGAAGUACGUCAAUACCAAAAUACGGUGUCACCAGCCAAGGUUAACGUUUCCCGAACGAGUUAAUUGUUUCCAUUUAUUGGUGUUUGGCGCUGGAAGACUUGCAGAGCGUCGACAGCUGAAUCACCUGGC